CUCACCGCCAUGACUCAAUCCUUCAUUUUCAAUUCCUCUGUUGAAGCCAAACGCUUCUCUACCAGGAAAACCCAUAUCCGCCGUCUCUACGAUGUGAUGGAAAUCUGCCUUCAGCGCGGCGACUUCGCGCGAGCUGCUCGCGCUUGGGCUAUCUUAGCUCGGUGCGAGGAAAUCAAGUGGAAGAAAAUGUGGGUGACGGGCUUGCAACUCCUCGGCCCUGAGCCCAACAAAACGACCAAGAAAAUCGAGUUUUUACGCGUGAUGAUGUUACAACAGCCCGAGGAACGCGAAAGCAUUCUCCAAGAGCUAGUGCUCCAUUUGAUCGCCUCCGGUGAGCACAGAGAGGCUUUGGACGAACUUGAGCUGUACCUACCCUCCUUUCCUUACCAGGAUAAUCCGGCUCUUCACGUGUACGCUGGACUGCUCUGCUUGUUCUUGGCUCAACCUGGCGAGCUUUCAACUUCCCUCGGUCCCAGUCUACUACGAGAUGCCCAAUCGCAUCUAGAGCGUGCAUUGGCUUUGGAUACGGGAAAUGUCGUAGCACAAGGUUUUCUAUUCAAGAUUCGAUCGCUGAGUGGCAAUAAUGCAAAUGCCGAUGCCGAGUCGGACGAAGAAGACCUGCCGAUCCACACUCGGAAUGCGAAACGGCCCAGAACAUGAAUGCGAGCGCAGGUUACUCGGAAUCCUCCGAGUCCGAGUCCAUGUUGAGCACCGGCAUUUCCUCAUUUUCGUCGUCGUCGACCUCCAUCCGCAUUUGGGUGACUGUAGUAGCCAACGAAGCUGAGACUGGUUUUGCUGGGGUUGUUGGUGCUGGUGUCAUUGCAACAGUUUGGGGAGCGAGCUGGGUGGCCAUCUGUGGCGGGGGUAGUAGCGGCGCAGCAAAUACAGGCGCUGUGAUCACCGGCGUUGGAGCUUGAGCUGGCCUGGACAUGGACAGAUCAUCGGUGCUGGCAGAUAUUGGUGCGACUUUCUCGACUGGUUCGAGUGGUUCCGCAGAGGCCAGUCCCAGGGACUGUCGCAGCUCAGCCUCCGCCUGGCUUUCUUCUGCGUGAGAGAGCGACAAUGACUCAAUCCAGGGCAAGGAACGAAGCAGCGGAGGAAGACGAGGGUGCAAAAGAAUUUCGAGAUCAGGAUCUCGCUGCAUUUUUGCUAUGAGCGGAAUCUGAUCACAGACAAGCGCCUGAAACUCACAUGUACCGCUGAUAGAUUGGAAUUGAUGACUAGUCCAAGGCUCUUACUCAUUCCUCCCGUCGAUCCGGUAGACAACUCCAGACUCAUGUCCUGUACCACGGCUGUGACCUCGCCAUGAAGAAGGUGAUCGGCGGAAACUGCUGCUGCUGAUAUUUGCGGCAAUUUCAGCAUGAUUGAGAGGACGACGCGGGAAGAUAUCGAAUGGAGGGCUGGCGAGAGGGUGUGAUUGCGCAGAAUGAUCCGGAGCACUGUUAUCGUAAAGGCCAGGUCAAGGAAAUGUCUGCGAUCAAGUUGUAAUUUCUC